AAAACACUAACCCCCAUUGUCUCCCUUCUUCAUGGUUUAAGUUUUUCUUUAAAGGAGGACAUGGAAGAAUGGGAACAAAAAUGUCUGAUAAAUGAACUAUUACAAGGAAGAGAGCUAGCUAUGCAACUCCAAGCCCAUUUAAACCUUCCUUCUUGUAAUGAAACUCGUGAAUUGUUAUUACAACAGAUCCAAGCUUCUUAUGACAAGGCACUUUCAUUGCUCCACUACAAAGCAACCGGUACGUCGGACACGAUCGAUCCGCCGCCGCAAAGUCUCCCCGUUCGUGACGCUGCCACCGUGCAAAGAAAAAGUCUGCCGAGAUGGACGCAUCAAGUCCGAGUAGGGCCUGGUACUGCAAUGGAAGGAAACCUUGAUGAUGGCUUUAGUUGGAGGAAAUAUGGACAAAAAGACAUUUUGGGAGCAAAAUAUCCGAGAGGAUAUUACAGGUGUACCCAUCGGAAUGUUCAAGGUUGCUUGGCGACCAAGCAAGUUCAAAGAUCAGAUGGCGACCCGACGAUCUUCGACGUUUCUUACCGUGGAAGGCACACUUGUAGCAACAACAAUCAAGAACAAGGAACCAGUACCAUAGAGCCAUACCAACAGCAACAGCAUAUUGGUAACCAAACAUGCCCUUUGUUCCCUAAUUACCUUUCGUUGAACAUAAAGGUCGAAAACGAUGUCGGCGACGGUAAUUAUGAGACGGGAAAUCUUUCGCCUACGUCAACGUGUCCGAAUCCGACGGGGGUGAUGAACAAUGGUAGUACUAGUGUUGCCAUUGAGUCUGAGUUUACUGAGAUUAUUCAAGCUGCUCCUACUGUCGGGUUGGAAUUCCCGUUCGGUAAUGCUGGAUUGGAUCCGAAUUUCACAUUUGAUGACAAUGGUUUCUUUUCCUAAUUCUAAAUCUCUGCUGCUUAUCUAAUGUCUCUAAUUUCAUGUUAUAGUUAUCUCUGAUUUAAAAUUAUCGAAAAAUACUUUGGUGGUGAUAUGUAA